UUAAUGGUGUUGAUCAUUACGAUGAUCUUUGCUUUGAAUGUUGUUGAAGGAACUACUGGUCCGAAUGAUGUGCAGGCACUUCAGGUGAUGUACACUUCAUUGAAUAGUCCCUCACAGCUAGCUGGUUGGAAAUCAAGUGGUGGUGAUCCGUGUGGAGAGUCAUGGAAGGGGAUCACAUGCCAGGGUUCUGCUGUUGUUUCUAUUCAUAUUUCCGGGUUAGGACUCAACGGAACGAUGGGAUACUUGCUGAACAGCCUUACAUCCUUGAGAACAAUGGAUUUGAGUGGCAACAACAUCCAUGAUUCAAUUCCAUACCAGUUACCACCAAAUCUUACAAGCCUAAAUCUGGCAAACAACAAUUUGAGCGGGAAUCUUCCUUAUUCCAUUGCCAGCAUGGUUUCUCUUAGUUUUUUGAACGUUAGCGGUAACUUGCUCUCUCAAUCGAUUGGAGAUAUGUUUGUUAAUAAUUCUGUCCUUGCUACCAUGGAUCUGUCUUUCAACAAUUUUGCUGGAGAUAUGCCCCCUUCCUUCAGUUCACUGUCCAAUCUUUCGACUCUUCACUUGCAGAACAAUCAAUUAAGUGGUUCUCUAAAUGUUUUGGCUGGUUUGCCUUUGACUGAUCUAAAUGUUGCAAACAACCAUUUCAGUGGAUGGAUACCAAGAGAGCUUAGUUCUGUCCCUAAUUUUAAAUUUGACGGAAAUUCAUUUGAUAAUGCUCCUGCUCCUCCACCACCACCAUAUACACCACCUCCUCCUGGUAGAUCUCACAAUAAUGCCAGCCACUCUCCUCCUGGUGCAAGCACGCCCCAAGGCUCUGGUGGUCAAUCAUCCAAUCCAGGCAGAGGAAAUAGAAAGAAGUGGUUGACAGCUGGACCUAUAGUUGGCAUAAUUAUUGGCUCUUCAUUGGUUGCUCUUUUUGCCCUACUUGCACUUGUGUUUUGCCUUAAAAAGGGCAACAGGAAGGAAAUUGCUACAAGACCUUCUACAGGAAGUCUUCCUGUUAGCACAGAUAAAGUGAAUACAGACAUGCGAGAGCAGAGGGUAAAAUCCACAGCUGCCGUAGCAGAUUUGAAGCUGCCACCUGCAGAAAAGUUGGCUGUUGAGAGGAUACAAGGGAAACAUGGAUCAGUAAAGAGAGUGAAGUCCCCUAUAACUUCUACUUCUUAUACAGUUGCAGCUCUCCAAACAGCAACAAAUAGCUUUGGUCAAGAAAAUCUUAUUGGUGAAGGUUCACUUGGUCGUGUUUAUAGAGCAGACUUUCCCAAUGCAAAGAUAAUGGCUAUUAAGAAGCUCGACAAUGCAGCAGUGUCACUGCAAGAGGAAGACAAUUUUCUUGAAGCUGUGUCAAAUAUGUCACGCCUCAGACACCCAAACAUCGUGCCGUUGGCAGGAUUUUGUGCAGAGCAUGGGCAACGUCUUCUGGUUUAUGACUAUAUUGGAAAUGGAAGCUUGCACGAUAUGCUGCACUUUACUGAAGAUAGGAGCAAGAUGCUGACAUGGAAUGCACGUGUCAGAGUAGCACUUGGCACUGCCCGAGCUCUAGAGUACUUGCAUGAAGUGUGUCUGCCUUCUGUUGUACAUAGAAACUUCAAGUCAGCGAACAUCUUACUUGAUGAAGAGCUCAAUCCCCACUUGUCAGACUGUGGGAUAGCUGCUCUGACACCAAACACAGAGCGACAGGUUUCAUCGAAUCCGAUGGUGGGUUCAUUUGGUUAUAGUGCUCCUGAGUUUGCUUUAUCUGGAAUAUACACUGUAAAAAGUGAUGUUUAUAGCUUUGGGGUGGUGAUGUUGGAGCUGUUGACAGCUCGGAAGCCACUUGAUAGCUCAAGGGUGAGAUCGGAACAGUCACUUGUGAGAUGGGCCACUCCUCAACUCCAUGAUAUAGAUGCCUUAGCAAAAAUGGUUGAUCCUGCUCUUAAUGGCAUGUAUCCUGCAAAAUCUUUGUCACGUUUUGCUGACAUCAUUGCACUCUGUGUUCAGCCCGAACCUGAGUUUCGUCCACCCAUGUCUGAAGUUGUGCAAGCACUGGUCCGAUUAAUGCAGAGGGCGAGCAUGGUCAAAAGGCGAUCAAGUGAUGAAUCAGGUUUUAUUUACAAGACUCCUGAGCAGGAGGUAAUUGACAUGCCAUAUUAGUUAUCCAGCCUUGCAGAAGUUAUUGGCAGCCUUUGCAAUUUUUGUAUACGAUUGUGCAAAGGUGAAUGGUGAUUAAAAUGCAAACAGAUUCGGGAGGAAAAGUUUGUCGAAGUGUGGUCAAUGCGAUAUCGAAAGGAACUGUAAUUAUAAUGCUUACAGUAUUUUAGUUGGAAACUGCUUCUUUUAUAGGUCAAUUUGAGGUAAAUAUGUUCCUACUUGUAUUUGCAAUCGUUUUUGAAUGUUUUCACGAAUAUCUAAGUUAAUUUUAGCUAA